AUGAAAGCGGGAUAUAUCAAGGAAAUCCAGGUGUUUUUAUACAUGUGCAUAGUUGGAAGCUUUGUGUCAUCCCUUGAUUCUGAAAGAUGUGACGUUCCAGUCUGUAUGAAUAAGACGAGUCUCUUGCCAUCCAUUAAUAUGUUUAGUCUCCAUGGCAACUAUGUGCCUUUCAAAGGGAUGGCGUACUUACUUUCGCCACCACAAGGUAUGCACUGCUAUAUAAAUCUCACCACCAUUUUACACAACUACAAUUUCACCCACGAUCCAGCUGUAGCUGUAUUGUCUCUCCAUUGUCAGCGACCGUACGUCAUACAUAUGAGUGGGUAUACUGGGGAUUCCCUCAGCCAUAUCUGGUACUACUUCCAAAUGCAAGGAUGCAGAACAACCUACAUGAGUUUGAACCGCUUAUCUACUGUUGUCGACCUGAAAACCAUCACCCUGCCUGGUAGGGCUUACAUACACACCAAUGCUACAGACUGUCUUUCACCAAACCAAUCCAUUCCGAAAUGUCACAGCAUUUAUAACUUACAUUCUAUAUGGAUAACUCAUUCUUAUCGCUACCCAGAACAGGACCUCGAUGACUUGUUUCAUUGCGCUGAUACGUUCCCUAAUAUGACAGAACUAACUAUAACCAAUAUGUCUCUAACGGAACUGCCACCGUCUGUUAUAAGAAAGAUUCCUAACGUUCAAUCCUUAGAAAUAUCUAAUUGUCAACUCACACUUCCACCCAAAGACUUUCCAUGGACAGACCAAUCAGUUAGGUUAAAGGGUAAUCUCACCAUGGAAGACUAUUUCUUGGAACAUUAUGGAAAACCGUUUAACAUAGAAAUGGAUCCCAAUCUGUAUAGAAGAAUUCUGAAUCUCAAUUUUAAUCGAAUAACAAAUCUAUCAAAUGUCUCGUUUAGAGGCUAUCUCCAAAUGAUACAAUUGUCGGGAAAUGGGCUGGUUGAAAUCGGAUCUUCAACAUUUUACCAUCUCGUUGGUAUUCAGCAUAUUGACUUGUCUAUAAACAAGCUGCAGUCGUUACCGGAAGUUCUUUUCCAAGGUCUAAGCAGUCUUCGUCAUAUUGAUUUAGGUAGCAAUGCGAUAAAGUCAUUACCUGCUCUAGUUUUCAAAGACGUAACAAACGUUGUAUAUCUAAACCUUGCUAACAAUUCCCUGGUUCAUCUACCUUCUGGUGUUUUUUCAACAUUAUCACAAUUGAAAGAAAUCCAUUUAGAGUAUAACCAAUUGGUGACAAUAGAAGCCAGAUCGUUUCUCAUGACUUCUAUUACCCUAACCAAGUUGUAUUUUGAUAGUAACCCACUCAAGGUCAUUCCUGACAUCGUGUUCUACCUGCGCUACCUCAGUACCGCUUUUCUCAGGAAUACAAACAUAUCUUUUAACAACUUGACAGAGAUCACGUCACGUGUCAACUGGCCUCGCAUGACUGAUGCCGUUAUGGACUCCACCAGUAGUGCCAAUCUAGACCUUAAUAAACCAGCUGUCACAUUAAGAAAGGUGGACCUUACCGGAAGUGCAAUAACAACAGUAUGGAUGACACAAAAUUUAACACAAUUUCAGCACACAUUUCUUCUUCUUGUUUUUCGCCAUUUUCAUUUCAUUUUAGAAGAAAAUAGUGUAACUUGUGAUUGUAAUAUCGGCACAUUCUCAAAGUGGAUUCAUAAGCAAAAGCAAGAUGGACUUUUCACUGGAAAAGAAUAUUUCUUCAAAGAAUGGUUUUGCAAAUACCCAGUUGAACUCAGGGGCAGACUACUCCUUGAUGUAAAACCAGAAGAGACUUACUGUGCUAUUAACGUGUCUAACUGCCCAGAAGAAUGUUGGUGCUACAAGCGAUCUGUGUCGAACGUAAUCAUUGUGGACUGUCGAGGCCGAAGACUGGAGACAUUACCGACUGUUUUGCCAGACGGUCGUCUCGACUUAUGGUUCCACCAGAACAACAUUACUGUGCUAAAACACAAGACUUAUCUGUCUAGAGUAAGACAGCUCGUCCUCAGUCACAAUAACCUAGAACUCAUCGAAAGCUCGGCAAUAUCUUCUCUCACCAAUGCAAUGCUACUUCACCUCGAUUCAAAUCUCUUAGCGACACUGCCAGUUCAAUUUCGGGACAUACAAGCAUCAUCGAUAUUGCUUAAGAACAAUCCUUUUCGGUGUGAUUGCAAUACUCUAUGGAUGAAGUCAUGGAUAUUAAAACACCAAAGUCGUAUUCAUGACUGGACAAAUAUUGCAUGUAACAGCCAUAACGACGACGGAGAGCAGUUUGUAGGUCUCUCCGACAACGAAUUUGUUUGUGUGGAGGAUUUUGACUCCAUGAAGCACGUCAUCACUCCAGCUGUGUCUAGUUCACUCUCUCUGGCAGUAUUUUUGAUAGCACUGGGGUUACUCUAUAUCUAUCGCCUGGAAAUGAAAGUCCUCCUGUAUAUUUACUGUGGUAUCCAUCCAUUCGACAAAGACAAGAAAGGAGGAAAAGAGAUAAUAGAUGCAGCUGUAAUACACGCUGCGGGAAUUACAGACUGGGUGAUGAAAAACAUUGUCACUUAUCUCGAGGAGGACGCACAACAUUAUAUUAUCUGUGAGAUAAACAGGGAUUUUGUUGCGGGGUUUUCUUAUCAGGAGAAUAUAGUAAGUAUAGUACGGAAAAGCAAACGGAUGAUUUUAGUCCUCUCGGACGAGAUGACGGACACACACGACAUGUUUAAAGUUGCAUGGAGAGAGGCACAAUUGAAAAUCAAAGAAAAAAGAACGAAUUAUGUUAUUGUAAUAGGCCACAACAGGUCUCGAAAGAAGCUUACUAACAAAGACCUUAAACGCUACUUGAAAAGAGGAAGGUUUGUGCAUACAGGUGAAAGUCUCUUUCACGAGAAAAUAUUAUAUUCAAUGCCUAAUUAUAAACACACUGCUGACAACGGUGUAGUUCGGGGCCUUCCUGACAUUCGAAAAUGCAUACAGAAUACAUAUGAUGCGGAUGACAAAGAAGAAAUUGAAUUCGAUGCAUUCCUUGCCUACGGCGAAACUGAUAGAAACUUUGCUGUCAACGACCUUAGAAUAGACUUGGAGAAAAAUGGAUAUACUUUAAUUAUACCAGAUCGUGACUUUCCCCCAGGAGCAUCAAAGGAGGAAAAUGUGCUCCUGGCUGUAUCAAGUUGUCACCACACGCUUUUCAUCGUGUCAGGGGAACAUCUAGAGGACGAAUGGUCUCUAUUCACCUUCCGAUCAGCCAGCGAGAAAUCCUUACGCAACAAGAGUAAUCAUCUUAUCCUCUUGUCCGCACAAAAAGAGGAUAUAAACAUUGUGGAUGAAGAAGUCCGAUAUCAUCUAAAGACACAAGUAAGUCUUGAUGUACAUAGUCCCUGGUUCUGGGAUAGACUCCAUAAGGCUUUGCCACCAAAGGCUAAUCGUCAAGGUCAAGGUCAGCAAGGUGUCGUAGACGACAAGGAAAACAUUACAGAUAUAGAAAGAAUAAAAAUGCUGAAAGAAGAAGAAAAUGAAGAAAAGUUGAAAGAAAUCGAAAGAAUAAAAAUGUUCAAGGAAGACAAGAAUGAGGACAACGAAAAGGAAAAAUACGAGGAAAGAAUGAAAAAUGGGAAUUCAUUUCUUCUGCAUGAAAAAGAUUUAUUCGACAAUGACGUGGACAUCAAACAAAUCGAUGGCAAUGAGAGUAUUUUGUUCAAAGCAAAAAUGAAAGAAGCUGAAAUAGAAAAUGAAGCAGAAAAAGAUAACGAAAGCCAAAAAGAAAUGGAAAUUACUUUUGUAUAG